AUGUGUGGAGGACCACACCUUCCGUUUGUGUGCCCUCAGUUGAUAGGGUACAAGAGGUGUAACCUUUGUAGGAGGGAUGGCCAUUAUGCCAGAGACUGCCCUACGGUUUGGAGGAUCGGACCACCACCACCACGUCCAGCGGGCAGAGCUAUUCAAAGAGGUGGUGCCAGACCACAGGCUGCAGGGAGAGUUUACGCAUUGACGGGAGCCGAGGCAGCCAACGUAGGUAACUUGAUUGUCAGCACCUGCUUAUUGUUUGGAGCAUCUUGCGUGGCGUUAUUUGAUUCUGGAGCGACACACUCUUUUGUGUCAAAGGUUUGUGUGAAGAGGCUUGGGUUAGCAGUCAGAGAGCUCCAGUAUGAUCUGGUGGUUUCGACACCAGCAGCUGGGUUAGUCAGGACGUCCACAGUGUGUGCCCGAUGUCCUAUAGAGGUCGAGGGACGAAGGUUCAGGGUGAACCUUAUCUGCCUACCUUUACAGGGACUAGAGGUUAUUCUAGGGAUGGAUUGGUUAGCCAUCAAUCGCAUUCUUCUUGAUUACGGAAGGAAGAAGCUCAUCUUUCCUAAUGACGACGAAGUGGCACUUUUGACACUUAGCAUGAUUGUGCAAGACAUCUCGGAUGGCGCGAGGAGACCAAAGGAUGAAUAUGCAGGUGGUGAAUGA